CGGAGGCAAAGGCGCCGCGGGAGUGAUCCUGGGGCCCGGGCCCGGUGGCCGGCGCGGCCUUCCCUUUGUGCUUGCAGUCCGCAUCCGCGCCGAGGGCCGCCGCGUCGGGCUCCCCGGCGCGCGUGCCCACCAGCGCGCUGCCUAGCCUGGGAUGUGCCGGGGAUGCGCGCCCGCCGGCCCUGCGGCUCCUGGCAGCUGGGCGCGGGGCGAUGGAGAUGAGCAUGAAGAAGUUCACCGUGCGCAGGUUCUUCUCCGUGUACCUGCGCAAGAAGUCGCGCUCCAAGAGCUCCAGUCUGAGUCGCCUCGAGGAAGAAGGCAUUGUGAAGGAGAUUGACAUUAGCAACCAUGUGAAGGAAGGCUUUGAGAAGGCAGACCCCUCCCAGUUCGAGCUGCUAAAGGUUUUAGGACAAGGGUCGUAUGGAAAGGUGUUCUUGGUGAGGAAGGUCACAGGAUCAGACGCUGGUCAGCUCUAUGCCAUGAAGGUCCUGAAGAAGGCCACCUUGAAAGUGCGAGACCGGGUCAGAUCUAAGAUGGAGAGAGACAUCCUGGCAGAGGUGAAUCACCCAUUCAUUGUCAAGCUGCAUUAUGCCUUUCAGACGGAAGGCAAGCUCUACCUGAUCCUGGACUUCCUGCGGGGAGGUGACCUCUUCACCAGGCUUUCCAAAGAGGUGAUGUUCACGGAGGAGGAUGUCAAGUUCUACCUGGCUGAGCUGGCCUUGGCUCUAGACCACCUCCACAGCCUGGGGAUCAUCUACAGGGAUCUGAAGCCGGAGAAUAUCCUCCUGGAUGAAGAGGGACAUAUUAAGAUCACAGAUUUUGGCUUGAGCAAGGAGGCCAUCGACCAUGACAAGAGAGCCUAUUCAUUUUGUGGGACUAUUGAAUACAUGGCGCCCGAGGUGGUGAAUCGGCGUGGACACACACAGAGUGCUGACUGGUGGUCCUUUGGUGUGCUCAUGUUCGAGAUGCUCACAGGGUCCCUGCCAUUCCAGGGGAAGGACAGGAAGGAAACAAUGGCUCUCAUCCUCAAAGCCAAGCUGGGUAUGCCUCAGUUCCUCAGUGCGGAGGCUCAGAGCCUGCUCAGGGCCCUUUUCAAGCGGAACCCCUGCAAUCGGCUAGGUGCUGGUGUUGAUGGAGUGGAGGAAAUUAAACGCCACCCGUUCUUUGUCACCAUAGACUGGAAUAAGCUGUACCGCAAGGAGAUCAAGCCACCCUUCAAGCCAGCAGUGGGCAGGCCUGAGGACACCUUCCACUUUGACCCCGAGUUUACUGCAAGGACCCCCACAGACUCUCCUGGUGUUCCCCCAAGUGCAAAUGCCCACCACCUCUUCAGGGGAUUCAGCUUCGUGGCCUCCAGCCUGGUCCAGGAGCCCUCCCAACAAGAUGUACCCAAGGCCCCCAUUCACCCAAUUGUUCAGCAGUUACAUGGGAACAACAUCCACUUCACUGAUGGCUAUGAGAUCAAGGAAGACAUCGGGGUGGGCUCCUACUCAGUGUGCAAGCGGUGUGUGCACAAAGCCACAGAUGCUGAGUAUGCCGUGAAGAUCAUCGACAAGAGCAAAAGGGAUCCCUCAGAGGAGAUUGAGAUCCUCCUGCGCUAUGGACAGCACCCCAACAUCAUCACCCUAAAAGAUGUCUACGAUGAUGGCAAAUACGUAUACCUGGUGAUGGAGCUCAUGCGAGGUGGGGAGCUGCUGGACCGUAUCCUCCGUCAGCGGUGCUUUUCAGAGCGCGAGGCCAGUGAUGUGCUCUAUACCAUCGCCAGGACCAUGGACUACCUGCACUCCCAAGGGGUUGUCCAUCGGGACCUGAAACCAAGUAACAUUCUGUACAUGGAUGAGUCUGGAAACCCCGAAUCUAUCCGCAUCUGUGACUUUGGGUUUGCCAAACAGCUGCGAGCGGAGAAUGGGCUGCUCAUGACCCCCUGCUAUACUGCAAACUUUGUGGCUCCUGAGGUCCUGAAGCGGCAAGGCUACGAUGCAGCAUGUGAUGUCUGGAGCUUGGGAAUCCUGCUCUACACCAUGCUGGCUGGGUUCACCCCUUUUGCCAAUGGCCCAGAUGAUACCCCCGAGGAGAUUCUUGCGAGGAUUGGCAGUGGGAAGUACGCCCUUUCUGGGGGAAACUGGGACUCCAUAUCUGAUGCAGCAAAAGACGUCGUGUCCAAGAUGCUCCAUGUGGACCCACAGCAACGUCUAACGGCAGUUCAAGUGUUGAAGCACCCAUGGAUCGUGAACAGAGAGUACCUAUCCCAAAACCAGCUGAGCAGACAGGAUGUCCAUCUAGUGAAGGGCGCCAUGGCGGCCACCUACUUUGCUCUGAACAGGACCCCACAAGCACCGAGGCUAGAGCCUGUGCUCUCAUCUAGCUUGGCCCAACGCAGAGGCAUGAAGAGACUCACAUCUACCAGGUUGUAGUGGCCAGCCGAGUCUCCAGCCUCAGCCUCCCUGCCCAACAUCCUCUCAGGCUUGCAGACACCAGAUACAGGUCCUGUUCUUGAGUGACCGUGAGUCCAGCACAAAGAUGGAUCUGGCCUUGGCUGUCUCUCUGUUUCCUUUGGAGCCCUGGAAAGGGUCCUGCCCAGGAUGUCUGAGCCUUGCUGCGCUGACCUCGCCGCCUGCUCUCCUCUCCGACUGAGUGAAACCAAAUGAAUCUGUCACCUCAUAGCACCCUGCUGGAGCCUCCCUGGGCUCGCUCAGGGCUCUCGAUGUCUCUAUGUCAUGGCUGAUGCCCAAAGCAGAGCUCUUUUUACCAUCCUGAUGUCAUCUACAUGUCCCACUGUCUCUCUAAGAGUGUUAAUGCAAAGUCCCUGCCCAGGAGACUGCAUAGCCGCUCUGGAAGAGCUGGAUGCUCCUGGAUGUUCUGGCAACACCAGUGGCCAUGUGAAGGCAUCCAGCUUAAAUGCCUGGUUCUGUCCACAAUCACCCAAAGAGUGCCCCUCACCACCCUCCGUUUCACAAGCGAGAUGCUGGGUAGCCUCUCCCCGACUCUGUCACUGACUUGGCAGGACGAAAGCAACCAACCUAAAAGUCUGGAUGGCUGAGUCUAUUUGAGAAUCUGAUUCAUGUUGGGUGAGACAGGAGCCCCAGAAAAUUGCCAGGCAAAGCCAGUACUCACUGCACUGCAGCCCUCAAACUCUGUGGCCCCAGGGACAGUGGAGAGAGUGGGGCUCUGCCAUUGCUGGGUGUGUUGGCAGCCCUGCACAUGUUUGCCUGCUGUGGUAUAGCAUAUUCACUCUCUGCUUUCCUGGGCCACAGAGAAUGUUUUCUCCCCUAUCCGUUACUGACUGAGCACAGGAGAGACACCUGAGCCCCUUGGCCUCAGAGAGGCAGAAGGUGCCUGGACAAGUUGUCGGUGGGAGUGAUGCUCUUUGUAGAAGCCCUGGUCCUAUGUUGUAUCUUGUGUUUCUGUUCUCUAACCUGUUUUCAGGCUGUGGUCUGUGCAGGGAGCAGGAGUUACACUAACCAGGCUGUCUGUGCGCACUCUUCAUGCAGAGUAACUGAGUGAGACCCUUCCCGCAUGGCAUGCUCCACUCCGCCUGGUCCUAGAAGAGGGACUUGUGUGUCCUACAGUCUCUCAGGGGGCUGCUGAGGAUAGGGGACUCAGGUCAGAGGACGCUCCACUGUGGCUCAGGACCUGCCAGUGUGAGAAGCAGCCCCUCUGCCCAGUAGGUGUAGGAGGCGCCUGUUGGUCACAGCAGGCUUGCACUAGGAAGACCACAGGUGGAUCACAGCUGUGUCUGCAAUUCCUGCCCCAGUGGAAUGUUCAGGGCAUAAUUCCUUUGCUCAUUCUAAUUAUUUCAGACCUCAAAACAUAAACGUAUUUCACAAGCUUUAAUUACUCCACCGGACUCUGUUCUGUUUGAGAAUUAUAGAAUACAGAGUGGGGACAGACCGUGUGCCAUUUCCAGUGCCCCUGGGGAUGUUUUUCUGCUUUCCCAGUGGAUGCUCUGCCCAAGGCUGAGAUCACUUUCUUGAUAGAAAUCUAGAGGGAAAGUAUAGUGGGUAGUCUUAGUGAUGGAUUCUGUCCUCUGGGAAAUGAGCAGGAGCUCUGGCACCCUCUGAAGGCCUCUCUGGCAUUGCAUCCUCACCCCAGCUGCUCACAGCUUCAGGCUGGGUUUGCUUGCAGCUUCAAGUGUACAUGUUCUGAUGAAAAGAAAGAACAACAGAACACGGAAGGCGUGGCCAAGGAGGCGAGCAUAGCCUGUCCCCCUCAUGGUCACGUGGUCAUGUCAUCUCUUUCAGUGAUGCCAGGUUACCUGCCUUACACUCAGCCUACUCUCGCCAAAGGGAUGGAGGAGACCGUCACACCAAACGUAUCCUCCAAGUGUCUGAAAAAGAAUGCUGGUUCGGCCUUGCCCUGCUGAGAGUGGAGGACCCCACAUUCCCACCCUCACCCAGUACUUGAUACUUGAAAUCUCUCGUGGAGUCAGCCAGAGGAGCACAUGAGGGGAUUAUUUUAGUCCCUGUUCUUUGAAGUCUUCAGUGACACAGCAGGCUGCUGUCGCAUGUAACCCCGUGUACCCAGUGUUUACCUGUCCUGUGACCCAACAUGAUGAAAGGCCCUGUAUUCUCUACACAAAUGACUACUUGUGUAGCUUACAGAAUUUGUCAUGGGAAAGCCCAGACUACAUCCUGGGACUCCUUUACCCACCCCCCCCCCAGAGCCCCUUUUGGGCUCUCCCACUGGCAGCUCCUGUCCUGUUUGGGCUGAGAACAUGAUGAGCGCCCCACUUAAGGAAGUGGGGUGGGGUGCUUGUCAGAUUCUCUACCCCAGAGUCAAUGGCAGGCAAGCUGUUUAACGUCCCUUGUCCUAUGGUUGGAACGUGUGUGACUUUGAACUCCCUGUGUGCACUGAUCUUUGAAUAUUGUUUGGCUUUUUAAGUGAGGAUCAUCCCGAUGGUAUCUAAUGUCAACAGUAUUCUUUGUUAAAUGGUGUUCUUCCUUAAGAUGCCCUUUGGGAUUUCCCCUGCAUUGUACUGCUUCUCUCAAGCGCAGGAGGAGAUCCACCAUAACUCUUCGUUCUCUCUGGCACGUUUUGCCGCCCUUCACCACCUGAAAGGCUGUGAGACACCCGGAGUGGAAAAGGUCUCUGUGGUCCCUACGUGGCAGGGACAGGUGGAAGGGGAAGCCAGCAUGGCUCGUCGGUGCGGGUGAAAUGUACCUGUCCACCCGACUCCCAACCCCGCGCUGCGUUUACAUGCUCAGCAGUUCCGUUUACAGCUCACUCCACGUUCACACUUUCUGUCUGUGUUUGAGACGGGCGGCCACUGUACAGAUAUUUAUUAGGCUUUCAAACUUUCCCAUGAGAUUUUUUGAAUAAACAUGGAUUUUAUGAAGUGUAA